AGCUUUACCAUCUGCUCAGUCCUGUGCACAGAUGUAGGUGGAGCGAAGAAGGCGACAGAACAGCCCUGUCAAGAAGUUUCUGGAGUCCCUGCAGUCGUGUUUUCAGUGUUUUAAUACCGGAAAAAACAAAGUUACAGACAAAUAGAGGUGUUCACAGAGGAGCAGGAGUCGGUCUCGGACACAGCCAUGGACAGUAAGUGGAGCUGCAUUUAGUUACUCGGCCUGUUUACACAGCUUAGAGUCAGGAGGUGAAACUGUAAAAGGAACUGUUGUGCGCACAGGGGAAAGCCCCGCUACCAUUGGGCUCCGUGCUAACAGGAGGAGUCUGACGGUAUCGGAGCGUAAGCUAGCUUUAACUUUGAAAUUCUAAAACUUAAUUCAAGUGAAUUAUAAUGUUACAUCCGAACUUUUUAUUCCUAUCUGUGUGUCUCCCUCACCCGGUAUUGGGUGAACUCAACACUGUCGAGCUGCCAAAAGGCCUGUCGAGUAAGUCCACCUCAUGGAUUUCCUUACAGCCACCUUUAAACCAAACCUUAUUCAAAAGUGCGCCAAUUUUUGCUUAUCUGCUUUUUAUGAUUCAAGGCCAUGUCAAAAAUAACUUCCAUUAAUCCAAUGUAAUUGUGGAUAGUUACUCUUGUUGUCGGAUACCCUGUAACCAACUAGGUGUCACUGAGAAUUCGUUAUACCCCAAUUGUACGCUACCCCAAACCGCCCACCUUUAUUCAGUUCCUGGACGAGAGAUGGAAAUAUCGCCCCAUGAUGUCGCACGAGUUUCGGUUAGAUGCAGAGUGUGUCGUGAGACUAAUACAUGCCGAUGUGAAAAACAUCCCCUAACGAUAUAAGAUCAGCUCACAUUUACUUUUCACAUUACCCUUGUCUUUGCCUGCAAGCCAAACAACGCUAUUUAAUUUAAAUUGACAAUUGAGUUUGGUCCAGUCUUUUUCAUACAAGAUUUCAGAAAAUGGCAGCGAUUGUUUGACUAAGAGCACGAGAAAGGAAUGUUAAGUUUACGCAUGUUACUGGAAGUCAACAACAUAUAUGAGAGUUGUCAAAAACAUGACUGAGCAGUGAAGUCAUUGUUUUGGUAGACAAAUAAGAGUGAAAGUGCCUCACAUGCAUCAACUGUGUAUUGAUAUUACUGGUGGUACAUUACAGAAUCUAUUUGGACAUGUACUUUCACUUUCAUAUCAUGCUUAUAUAUGUAGACAGAAAUGCAAAUGGCCUACUUCAUGAUAAAACAAAAUCACUUUGAGAAAUUUUAAACUCUUAAUCUUGGCAAAAGUUUAAAAUUGUUUUCCCCUCUUGUAAAUUUGAUCUGAGUCUGAGGAGCAGACAUGUUCCAACUUGGAAAACAUCCCAUGUUUUCUUCAUGAAACAAGUCCAGCUGCUGUGUGGAGCUUUGACUACCUUGUAUUGUGUCCCACCUGAUUCUUUCUAUAAAUCUCAACAAUUCAUUAACAGAGAGCCUGAAACCAGAGCCGCCCCCUGCUCUUUGAGGCGGGUAAUCUGACACCAAUAUUACACCCUGCCUGUUAUUGUUUGCUCUUCUCAACACAUCGUCUUCUUCUCCUCCAGCUGGGAAGGCCAGUUUAUGAAGAGUGAUUAUAUUUAGCUGGGAAGCCCUUGUGUCUCAGCGACCUUUGACCUUUUUUUGGAUGUGGCGCUGUCUUGUAGUUUUCCAUCCCAACAACGCCGCAAAUGACAAACUCUUACUAAACCACAAAUAUGUGCUGAGAGCAGGGUUUGGUUUCUGUCAUCUGUGUCAUAUACUGUAGAUGUAAACCACUAAUUGCUCUAAGACCUCUGCUGACAAGUAUCCUUUUUUGUCUUCUGUCUACCACAGGUGUGUAUGGAUGGGGUCUCCCCCCACUCAACCCAGGUAAGAAGCUUUUAAAUGAGAAAACAGUGCAGAUAUUGACUGUUUCUGUCUUUACACUUGGGCAGGAUUCCACAAAUUUGUUUUUAUAUGUUUCAAAGAGGAAAAAAGUGCAUUUGAGUUGUGUUAUUGUUGUAGUCCAAACAAGGAAUGCCUACAUAGAGAUCAUCGAGCAGCCCAAGCAGAGGGGGAUGAGGUUCAGGUACAAGUGUGAGGGACGUUCAGCAGGCAGCAUCCCUGGAGAGAAGAGCAAUGACACCACAAAGACUCACCCAGCUAUCAAGGUGAGAGAAAUGUCAGAUACUGAGUGUGACACCCUGCCUCCCAUUGGGAAUAAUCCAAUACUAGUUUAUUGUGCAUCUUAUAUAAAAGUAUUGGAAACAAAUCUGCUUGAUGCAGUUUCUCAAAAGCCAACCAGUGCUAAGAUUUCCCAGCUUCCUACAAUGCAUCAUAAAGGACCAACCUGUCCUCCAUUCAACCGGCAUAAAAGUUGCUUUCUUCUCCUCUGGAGAACAGACCUGACAAAGCUUGACUUUUUACCUUACACAAAUCUGGAUCACGAAGAUGUCGUCCCAGAAAUUUAGGACCCAAUAAUAGCAAGUAAAUCACAAAGUAAUCACAAAGUAAUGGGUUUCCUUUUUAUGUUCACACUGAUGGAAUAAUCCAGACUGAAGCCUGACAAUUUACUGUGAAACUUUCCAGAGACAAAUGAUUGAGGGAUUUAAGAACCAAGGAGUUACAGUAAUUAGUUAGAAAUCACAUUUGGAGGGAAGAAAUUCGCUGUCGCCUCUCAGAUUGCAAAUGAAACUUCAAAUGAUGCAACACAAGUGAAAGAAAGUCAAUAACUUCACCAUCCACGAGAUGUUGAUUUGGACUGGAUUAAUAUUAUCAGGGCCUCUGUGUUCCUGAAAUAUGGUAGGUGAUUUGUCCUAGAAUUUUUACUAGACAAAUUACAGGCAUGGGAUUAAAAAGGCAGACUGCAACUAUCACAAAUUAGAGGUCCAAAGGAAAUACUAAUCCAGAAUAGAAUUUAAGAUGAAAGUCUUUAUCCCUGACUGUGUUGGCGUUUUAGUGUAUACGGACAUGCAUCCAAAUCCUAAAAAGUUAGACUAGUUUUUGGGACCAUGACUUGUAACAACAAGUCAUCGUUAUGUAACUAGUUUUUUAGUCGCUUUCACAAAAGUGAUGCAUGCUGUGUGUGGUGAACCUUGGAUUUGAAUAACCUCUAUUUUUGCACCUAAUUGUUCUCGUGUGAUACUUGGCCAGAGUAAAAGUACUGAAAGUCCUAAAAUUAGCCUGGAACAACUUUAAAAACCUUACAAAAUGAUGCAUCAUAGCAACAGCUAAAACUGAAAAACUGCUUUCUUCAAUGAGAAACAGGCUUAUUUCAAACUUGAUGCCAGGAACACGUGUCCAAACAGUUGUGGCAGGAGUGUGUUUAUCACUGUGUUGCAUCAUCCUAUCUUCUGUAAACAUCUGGGUCUGAGGGGACCACUUCCUGGAGUUUUAAAAAUGCUGAAGUGUCGUCCCCUUCUUGACUGAAAGAGGAUUUCAGCUGCUUCACAGCUUGAGGUCUUUUUCCUCUUUUUUAAACAUUUUACGCAGCAUCCCAAUAUUUUUCUGGAACUGUCUUAAUGUAUCAAAGUUUAGAGAAAGGGGGGUUUUGAACCACCUUCCUCUCCCAAAAAGGGACCCCUGCAGAAGAGCUUGGGAACCACAGAGACGGUUCAAAACAAAACCAGAUUAAUAGUAUCCAGCUGAGUCAGCUUGUCUCAGUAUGUGAACACAAUAGUGCUGAAGUCACUGAAACUGAAGCCAAGUCAUGACCAAGAUCAGGGUGUGUCUGCUGGACUAAUCCCAAAAUGAUCAGUAAACCAAAAUAUGUAAAACAAUAACCAAACCUCAGAGAAGGGAAAUCCUUCUUUGACUUCUCACAUGAAAACUUCCAUUUAGUGUUGUUUUGAGCAAAACACGCAGAAAAUCUUCACCAAUGAUAGGUGAGUGUCAUAUAAAACCUAUACUACUAACUUUGAUAUGUCAUUGAUCUCAAACUGGUAAAUUGUAGUGUUACACUAUAAGUUAGGUGCUUAGAGAGCUCUCUAAAUUACCUUUCAGUCGUUCAGUUGAGUCAUUUUUCUCCAACAGGUGCACAACUACAGCGGGCCCCUGCGUGUUCGAAUCUCCUUGGUGACAAAGAAUGCCCCGCACAAGCCACACCCCCACGAACUGGUUGGGAAAGACUGCAAACACGGCUACUACGAGGCCGACCUGCAGGAGAGGAGGAUACACAGGUAGAGCGGGGAGUUGCUGUUUAUUUGCGGCUUCAAAGUUUAGACAUCUGACUUCACUUUUACACUGAAUGAGUCAUUUCUCUAGAAUGAACUGUGGUUGCUUACGGCUUCAGGAAUUGCACGUCAUUUCCCCGCCAUCUGCUAAACUAAUACAGAAAGUAUAUCGCCAGAAUGAUAUUUAAUCACAAAAACACCCACAGUUUGCAGUUAAGUGCAGUUUGCUCUUGUGUUGGGUAUGAUUGUGGAGAUAAACUGUCAGCACCUCCACGUUUUGCUGCACAUGCAUCCUGUUAGAGGUUAAAACUUUCACACAGAUGAGCUGAUUGUGGAAAAGGCACAGUACUGGUGUAUUGUGCUGAUUCAUGCCAGAAUCGCCACUGCUGCAUAUUUAAAAAAAAAAUGCAAAAGAAAAUGAACGCCACUGCUGCAAAUAAAAAAGAAUGCAAAACAAAAGAAGCCCCAACGAAAGUUACCAAUGGAAAAAAACAAAAAAGAAACCAAAGCCCUCUGCAAAUUAAAAAAGAAACGGUGCAGAUAAAAAAAAAAAAGCCACAAUGCAAAAAAAAGUGGGUAUGCAAAAAAAGAAAAAAAGUGACUUACUGCGAAAAUAAAAAGAUGCAAAAAAAAAAAGCCACAACAGAAGUGAGCUGCCAGGGGCCAAUAAUGACGAUGCACUGGUGUAUUACUAUCCAGGCAUAGAAGACGACGACAAGAAGACGAGCAAAGAAGUAAGUGGAAAGGUGAUUGUUUGAUUUCGCUUCGUGUGCUUUUCAGUGUGAUUAGGCCAUGUGGCGCUUGAGUCGAUAUGAAGUUGAACUGAAGCUAACACUACACCGGCAUCCUCCAGUUCAACUUCAUAUCAACUCAGGCGCUACAUGGCCUAACCAAAUGACACAGUAAAUUUUCAGUAAGUAACUUUUUUUUCUUUCAUAGCCACUUUUUUUGCGUUGUUAACUCUCAUUGUGGCUUUUUAUUUUUAUCUGCACUUUUUCUUUUCUGAUUUACAGCGGGCUGGGUUUUUUCUUUUUUUUUUUGCAUUAGUAACUUCCGUUGUGACUUCUUUUUUUGUGUUCUUUUUUUUUAAAUUUGCAGCAGUGGCAGUACUUGGCCACCGUAGUGAAACUGUGUUUUCUCGCAAAGAAAUGACUCUAUUUUGCCACAUAUAAACACAUAAUGGCUCAUUGAAAUCCAUGCAAACAAAACAGGGGCACAGUGAUACUGUUUGCCCUGCAGCACAGAUUGUGGUGUGUUUAACUGUUUGCACAUGAUUUGUCAAAUCUAGACGGCGUCUUUUGGGCUCAUUUGCAGAGUGUAUACAUGCAAAGGAGCCACGCAGUCCUUUUAGGAAUCAGGCCUCGAAUGGCCUCGCUGCAGCAAAACACAGACACUGACCUAGAUAAGGUCGGGCGGUGGUAUGUUUGCCGUCACCUUGGUAAAACUUGGCAGCAGUUUUUUUCCGGGUUGGGAGUUAGUUAAACAUUAAACAGUAAAAAAUCUCUGCGGACAGUGUUGACUCUAUUAUAACCUUGCAAGUUUAUUCUACUCACAGUUGCUGAUCCAAAACAAGCCCUUAAUAUCAACCUCAUUCGGGCUCUUUCAUUGUCAAUCUUAAAAAUAUAGAAAUCAGAUCAUUUUAAUUCGGUCAUUUAGAGCUCAACUGGAAGAUCGUCAUUACGUGUUACGCUACUGAGCUGUUUCAUUAUAUUUAAUGCAUGUUAAAAAAGAAAAUGUGAGUAAUUAAACAGCCUUAUGUUAUGUAAUAUGACCCCUACAAUCGGUGCGGAAGCAGCCAUGUGUUUGUGUAUCUGUGUCAAGAGUGUGAUGAAACUUUAACUAACAGAGUGUCCUGCCCUCCACGACCAGCGCUGUGAUUCAGGGUGAGUCAGUGUGCUGGUUUAGAACACUCUUUGUUCUGGCCAUGAUCAGUCCCAUGUCACUGACAGAUUGAUAUUGUAAUAUUUGCCGUAAAGGCAAAGAGGAGGCUGUUCAUGUCCGGCACUUGGCUAGAGGGCUUAAUGAAUGGGACUUUUGUGUACUUGUCCUCAUCUCUCAGAGCUUUGAAAUGAGGCAAAAUUUCACAAUUUUUAACAUUGUUGCUGUCAGCACUGCCGUUCAUGGCUGAAGUUGGCUUGCAGUGAUUACAGGAUAGGAUGAUGCCCCACUUUUCCCUACGACAGAUGGUUAGGGUCCUCUUGAUGGCAUUAUUACCCCACUCGCACAACAAGCCUGAUACUUGAACACUUUUUUUUGCCAUAGUGUCAACAGGCAGAGGUGAGAGAGAGAACUCCUCUUUGCAUAACAAGAGUUUAGAAAGCCUGAGAUAAUGUCCUCUGGUUUUUUAAGAAAUACUUUAAAGAAGGGAAACUUUUUAGGACUAAACUGAAGCAAAACUUGUACAAAUAUCCUGAUUGCUUGUACUUGAAGUCCCACUACGAUUGUUUGUUUGUUUGUUUUUUUUUUUUGACUACUUUAAGUGUUCUCAGUGGUCUUUAAGUUUUUAGCCAAAAUCACUUUACCUAUAUCAUUUUCAAGGGGUUUCUUCUGCAGAGCUCCAGUAGCUCAUUAGCAAAUCACCUCUGAGUCAUGGGCGGAGACAGCGCUGCUCUACACACUCUAUUUCAUGCUAGCUUGCAGCCUAACAUUAAGCUGUAGUAGAAGUGGCAGGUAACAUAGGCGCUUUUCAGCUCUCAGACACUAACGUCUUUGGGGACAAGAUGAAAGUUAAUAUCAUAAUUAGCUUUCUUAUGAGCAUUGCAAUCUGCUAACGCACACAUUUGUUCUGUGAUUGUCCUCUCUAUUUCUCUGAGUCUGGCCUGCAUAGCGGGGCUCCAAGGAUUUGUGACAUAAGAAAUCUCAUGGUGUCUGGACCUGCUGUUUGGGUCUGCCAGAUAUUCACAGUGAUUUGAAUACAGAAGUACUCAGAAAUGCAAUUUCACACUUAUUUUUCUUAGAUAUGUCCUGUAACAUCAGAAAAACGUCAUAUGAACAUGUAGACAAUAAGAAAAACAUGAUAUUCCUCAGAGUGGGUCUUUAAAAGCAAGGAAAAUACAGUCAAGGGAACAAGAACGAGUCAAGGUUUUGCCUUGUGACAUUAUUAUAUAACUGGUUGUCUAAAACAUCCUCAUGUCUUGGAAGAGGACUUAAAUGAAAGAGUAUUUCCACUGACACUUUGCUUUCUCAAUCUGUCCUUUUGACUCGCGGAUGUGGUCGGUGACUCACAAUGAUGAAGCUUUGUGUUUUAAAAAUCUGUUUUGAUGGGGAAAAACUGUCCAAAAAGUUGGAGCUGAGUUAAAACUCAGGCAGUGUGUAAACGGUUGUGUUGCUCCCAGAUUAGACAGACAUAAAGAUUCACACUACAACUAUAAUGAAUGAUAAACUGUAUGUGUGCCUCAGUGGUUUCCGCCUGGUUUCGGUCUUAUGACUGUGUGUGCUUUCAGUUUUCAGAACCUGGGCAUUCAGUGUGUCAAGAAGAAGGAUGUGAAUGAAGCCAUCGUUUGUCGGCUGCAGACCAACAAUAACCCCUUCAACAGUAAGUAAUCGUGCUUAAAGAAGAGUUUACAGCACAAAGCACCGUCUGUGUCUCUGCCCUUUCUCUGUUAAAUCCAUCAUUAUGGUGUGGAGAGUUGACGGUCUGUGUGGGAUGAGUCCCUAAAUGUUCCACUCAAAUGUAAGACGCCGUUAUUGGGCUUCAUUCUGAGUCUAGUAACAAACUAGCUAUCUGUGUUAUUAGCAGUUUGGUAAGGUGGUAUUUUUUACAGUUGACUUUUUUGGCUUUUAUUUCAAAUGUGAAUUUAAAAAUUUAAUUUAAAAAAAUUUAAAACAAAUAAAAUAAUAAUAAUAAUAAUAAUAAUAAUAAUAAUAAUAAUAAUAAUUAUUAUUAUUAUCAUUAUUAUUAUUAUUAUUAUUAUUAUUAUUAUUAUUAUUGUUGUUGUUGUUGUUAUAACUUUUUUAUAGCCCUUUAAAAAGAGAAGUUUACAAAGUGCUUUAACAAAUAGUCAUAAAGCACAUGGAAAUAAAGACAAAAAAAAAGGUCAGUUAAAACAUAGUUGAAGGUCAUUUUCAUAUGUUAUAAGGAACCCAGAUAAUACAAGAACCAUGCAACAUAAAAUUUAAGUGAGAAUAGUAGAAAUAAUUUCUCCAAAUGUAAAAAAAAGCGCUGGAAAAACUCAAAUUAAAUGCUCAAACCAGCAUUUAAGUUUGAGCCACCAAAAAGGCUUAAACUGAAAUACAGGAAACUCUCUGGCUAUGCAGGACAGCUGCCCUUCAACUUUUAGGUUCACUGAGUUUCAUGCAGUGAGUUCUCUACACAGUAUAAAACCAAAUCAUUGAUCAAAAGUCUGUUUAUUAUAUCUUAAAGGAACAAAGGAAAUCUGGACUGCUGUAAUAACAAGGUUUAACUUGCUACUUUCCUUUCAGUCUCAUGUGGAAACACUGAUAGCCUUCAUGUAAGAGAAUGCCGGACUGAUUAUGUCUUCCCUGAUUGUGCACCCCACCCUUCCCCCUCUGUGUUUUUGGCUGCAGUUCCCGAGGCGAAGGUGUGGGAGGAGGAGUUUGACCUGAAUUCAGUUCGGCUCUGCUUCCAGGCCUCCAUCACCCUGCCCACGGGGGAGCUCAUUCCUCUGGAGCCUGUGGUUUCUCAGCCCAUCUACGACAACAGUGAGUGCACAUCACACACAGUGUAUCAGCUGUAGCUGUGAACACUAAUCACAACAAAAAACUGGUAAACUCUUGUUUAUAUUUUCACCAUUUUCUGAUAUUAAAAAAAUAAAUAAAAGAGUACCUCUUUCGUUAAAUAAACACGCACAUUGCAGAUGAUUUCAGAAUCAUACUAAGUACAUUAAAAAUAUGUAAUAAUUUAAGGAGGGUUAAGUCCAAAUUUCCUGCAUAAAAGUCUUGUGAAUAAGUAGUAUGUUCAUGUUAAGCUUGCAACACCCAUAUCUGAAGAAUUAACAUGUUUGUAUGCUCCUAUUGUGGAUUCAACAAGGAAGUAUUUUAAUCCUCUUAGGACUCAUAAUAGUAAGUUUUGUCCCACAAGCAAUGAGUUUCCAUUGAACUCUUAACUGCUAAAUAUAAGUGAGCAGUCUUUUUUCUACAAUUUUGUAGUCAUGCAUGUAUGGCUUUUUUUGUUUUUUGUUUGCAUGUAACAAAGUACGCAUUGACCCUAAUAAGAAAUAUCUAUUGGCUGAGCAAGCUGUACAUCUUCCAAUACACAACAACUUUACUUAAAAAAAAAAGUUAGGUAACCAGUUAAGUAACCAAAGUAACCAUCAAUAAAAAACAAAUACAAUCUUUUUUAAUUAUGAAAACCUAUGCCGAUUAAAGCUUCAAUGAGGAACUGUCUGUGGUGAUUGUAAAAACAGGACAGUUUCUCCAGCUUCUUGGCUGACACAUACCUCUUCACACCAGUGUCAGGCUUUAAAAAUGAGGAUGUCACAUAACUGAUGCUUUGUUUGCUGUUAGACAUCAUAACAAGGCUUUAAAGUCCCACUCCAAUCGUCUUUUUUUUUACUAUUUAGUGUUAUCUCUAGUCUUAAAGUUGUGAUUAGGAAGUUUUUUGCCAAAAUCACAUUAACUGUGUCAAGGGCUCUUCUUCUGCAGAGCUCCAGUAGCUCAUUAGCAAUUUGCCUCUGAGUCGUGGGCGGAGACAACGCUGCUCUUCACACUCCUCUUCAUGUUAGCUUGUAGCCUAGCAUUGUUGGUGUAGUAGAAGUGGCAGGAAACACAGGAGCUAUUCAGCUCUCAGACACUUAUGUCUGUGGGGACAUGAUGAAAGUUAAAAUCGUAGGAAAUCUCACUGUGUCUGGACCUGCCGUUUGGGUCUGCCAGAGAUUCACAGAGAUUUGAAUGAAGAAAUACUCAGAAGUGCAAUUUGGCACCUAUUUUUCUCAUGAUAUGUCCUGUUGCAUCAGAAAAAUGUCAUAUGAACAUUUAGACAACAUGAUUUUCAUCAGAGUGGGUCUCUAAUAUGAAUAUCAGCCUAUUUCAGAAAUGUCAAAAAAACUUCUCAAAGAUGGAGUAAAGACAACAAACCAAAUAUUAAAGCAGAAAAUACAUUGUUUUAUCAAAAAAAAAAAUAGGCUGUCAUUUAAAAUUUGAGAGCCUCCUGGAGGAACAUCUCCUUAACCAGUAAGGGUAAUUUGCAACAGGUUAGUAAUAUGGCUGGACAUUAAAAGGGUACACUGGAGAGAGUGAGUGUACAGGAGUAAAGAUGGGAACUGUGGAGUGGUAACAAGGAUCAAAACGUGCUAUGAUCUUCAGGCCUGCAUGAAAAACGGACAUAGCUCUGUAGUAGAAGUCUCCACAUGGGCUCAAAAGUUGGUGUAAUUUGCAGAAAAAUUUGCUGAGUUUAUUUGAAAGUGCGUGCUAGGACAGGUUAGAUUCACAUGAUGUCUCUGACCCUACACACGCCCUUCUCUGUUCCACAGGGGCCCCAAACACAGCCGAGCUGAAGAUCUGCAGAGUCAACCGCAACUCUGGAAGCUGCAAAGGAGGCGAUGAAAUCUUUCUGCUGUGUGACAAAGUGCAAAAAGGUAAACGGUGAUAUAUGACUGUUCUGUACUGUACUGUGCAUAGAAAGGUGCUGCACAUCAUCCAGCAUCUACUUUCAUAUUCAGCAACCCAUAAAUAGAACUCUGGGCUGACUGAGCAGAUGUGAAGCAUGAAACACAACCAGAGAGGAAGAGGUGUAAAUUGCUCACACCCACCCAGAAUAUCAGUGCGAUCUAUUCUGAUGGUACACUACCUUUUUUGAAGAAAUUAGAUAUAAAUAGCCCCCUGUUUCUCACAACACCACAUUCUGCGAUCACUGAGAAAUUUGUAGAGACGCAUUUGGUUUCUGUGCUCCCACAGUGCAGAUGAUAAAAUGGAAAACCGUGAUGUGGUGACAACAAUUUUUUUAAACUGUGAACAAUACAGGUGAAAAGUUUUUUAUUGAACAUUAAAUUAAAAAGGCUGAUUUUGGCUUCAUUUGGUUCAGUUUUUUACUUGAGUUGCAGUAGCUUUUAAAGCUAUCAGUAGGAGCCUUUAACUUCUGGAAGCCAAAAUAACACGAUUCUUCGCAAAAUAACUAAUAAAUGCUGCUGAGUUAGUUCAUUAUUUGUGCUUAUUUUAUACUUUUCCUGUAGAAACCAGUAAACUCAGACAACAUCAAAGUCAAAGUGUAAAAUAAUCGAAUUUUUUGGAUGCUUUUUCCUUUUUUUUGGUCAUAUUUAUUGUUUAGUUUCUAAGAGAGCGUAUUAGGGCCAUAUUAAGAAAGAAGCAAAAUUAAGACAUCUAGAUUAAAGUCGUUAAUUUACGAGAGUAAAGCCAGAAUAAAAUCAUUACUCACAAGAAUAACGUCAGAAUUAAGUCCUUAUGUUCUAACCUGUUGUUUAAGAUGACAGUUGUUGAAAUGAGAGUAAUGGAGCAUUUCCUAAAAAUGUACUUCAAUAUAGGUUUCUCAAACAAUUAUCAUAAGUAUCAUAAUGAUUUUAUUACGACUUCAUUCUUUUAAGUGAUUAUUUUAUUUUUGCUUUAUUCUCAUAAGUAAUGAUUUUAUUUCAACUUCAUUCUCAUUAUUACUUUAUUACUUUAUUCUCGUAAGUAAUGACUUUAUCGCAACUUUAUUCUCUUAAGUAAUCAAUUUACUCUCAAAGUCUUACUUUUUUUUCUCUUAAUGUGGUUCUAAUACUCUGUUGUAAGUUUCUCACUACAAUUUGACCUCAAAGCUGCCCCUAUGUGAGACUCUUUGUUUAAAUUAAAUGUGAUCAUUUUUUUAAUGUUAUGCACAUAUUUAUGAGCUUUUUUCAUCCAGCCAAACAGAAACUGUGAGUGAAUUCAGUCCAGAUAAGAUAGUUAGUCGUGGAAAGUCACUUUUGGCAGAGCAAAAACUUCAGGAGAUAAACGUCUCCCUCCAGUUAUUUAGGCACAUUUUUAGUUUGUUUUUAUAACAUAAAACACAAAUAAAAAGACAGCUAGGCGCGGCCAGAGUUCGCAUGUCAGGGUCCUCUGCUCUCAGAUAAGUCAUGUAUGGAUUCAGCUUCUGUACGGUGAUAUUUUUAGUCAAUGUCAUUUUUGCUCACGAGAGGUUUCGUUUUGUGUUGCAUUGACUGCAUGAGUGUAAUGCAAUGAAAAGCAGUCACAUGACUCCUAUAAUGACUUAUAUCACGAAACAGUCUUUUUUCCUCUAUUCAGACCUCAACUUCUCAUCACUCCUCUUUUCUAAUGAGUUACUAACACACAAUAUGCAAGCACGGAUUAACUGCUUAUUUCUAUUCCUUUGAUAUCAAUACACUAAAAGAUCUUGUUGUUCUUCCAUGAGUUAUAUUUUCCUCUUUCCUCUUUCCUAUUUCUGAGAAGUCUGUUUUCCAGACUAACAGUAGUAUUACAAACAAGUGUGAGCGCUGUUUGCUCUGUGUAUUGGAUGUUUAGUUUGUGCAACAGUCCCCUGAGUAAUUCUGGCUCUGUUUGUGAUGUGAUUCACAUGAUGUCACCGUGAAAAAACCCUAUGAACCCUGACACUUGGACAAAUUUAUCUAAACACUUCUCCUGAUGUCUCAAAAAGACCGGGCACAGCCAGCACAGUUUGAGACAUGAAGUUUUGACGGCUGCAGCUAAUUAAAAGGCUCUUAAUUAAGGGGUGGGUUUAAAAAGCAGGGAUGAAACAGGCUGAGAUGGCCUCAGUUUAAACCCGAUUCAGAGCUCUCUGAAAUCCUCUGAUAGGACUUGGUUUUGUCGAUGAAAGGCUUAGGUUGUUACAAAAAUGUCUGACUACUUCUUCAGAAAGGAUGUUUGCAAAUAUAGAUGUUGUUGUAUGGUUAAGAGCCCUCUUUUAAACCAGAAGAUGUUACAUCAUUGUCUUGAAAGGGACGGAAUCAAAAUCAUGACUAAAACCCAAAGCUGACUGCAUCAUGAGCUUCACCAUCUACUUAUGUUCUGCAGAGGACAUCGAGGUGCGGUUCUUCCAGGACUCCUGGGAAGGAAAAGGCACUUUCUCCCAGGCCGACGUCCACAGGCAGGUAGCCAUCGUCUUCCGCACACCACCGUAUCGUGAUGCGAACCUUUCUGAGCCUGUCAAAGUGAAGAUGCAGCUCCGCCGGCCCUCUGACCGCGAGGUCAGCGAGCCCAUGGACUUUCAAUAUCUGCCUGCAGAACCAGGUGAGUACAAAUGAUGGCUCCUUCUGCGACCUUUUCCAGGGUGUCUGUGAGGUCUUAGUCUUCAAAUGUCUAAAAUCCAAUCAUUUGAAUUUAAGGCCUUAAAAUCUCUAGAUUCUCUUAAAAUUACAGAAAAUGUCUUAAAUAGUUUGAAAGGUCUUAAAAAUGUAUUAACUUUACUCACAAAAUCAAAUAACUUGCCUUAGGAAUAAAGAUUGAUUUGAAGUAAUGUAAAAUGUUCUGGUUUUGCUUCAUGUCUUUUGUACUUUUUUGCCAAUAUGGAUGUUAAAUGGGUCUUAAAUUGUAUUCAUUACAAUCUUUAAAAAGUCUUAAAUUUGACUUGUUGAAAACUGCAGAUACCCUGUUUUCUAUACCUGAGAGUUGACUUUGUUAACCUGCUCCUGAAACCUUUUUUUUGUUGUUGUUUUCUCCUUAAACGUCUUCUGUAGAUGAGUACAGGCUGAGUGAGAAGAGGAAGCGUACAAGUGACAUGUUUCAGGGCCUGAAGUUUGGAUCCAUGUUGUCCAGUGGUACGUUUAUGAGAUUUGUUUCUGUCGCUCUUCAAUGAAGUUGUGCUGCUUUCUUGUGUGAAAAUUAAAUCUGACUUGAAAUUCUAGUGACCAUGCCACAAGAGAGAAGGCACAUAAGCCCGGCAAGGAGGACAGUCCCAGCCAAGCCUUCAUCAAUGAGUGCGCAACCUGGUGAGAGCAUAACAAAUAUUCAUUUCACAGUAAUGGCAUUAGUGUUUUUUAAUUAGCGUUGUUUUCUGUAUUUGUCUUGUCCUGAUUUUUAAAGCUCGCCCUGUGUCUCAUUUUGUGUCUCCAGCUGCUGUAGUGCCCCCUGGUGCCAGUGCAGCCAAACUCCAGUCCUCUUACUCUUUCAACCAGCCAGGCCAGCUCUUCUCAGUCCAGCCCAAAGUCGAGACCCCCACUUCCAUCUCUGCUGCCACCACAAACCAGACAUGGAGGAUCAUGGAGACCCUGAGCCUGGGCACACAGCCCAAAGCCACCCCGGUGCCCAACUUUACAAUGAGCCAGCCUCAAGCCGCCUCCUCCUCCACCUCCUCCGCUUCCUCCUCUGCCACCGCCUCCACCACUAACCAGGAUUUCUCCACUGUCAACCUGUCAGACCUUCAGAGGUUCUUUCCCAACAUUUCCUCAGCCAUUGCCCAGGAGCAGGCAACCACUCAGGGAGGCGCAGACUCCUCCCAGAACAGCAGUGCCUUCAACAUUAUGCAGGGCUCCCAGUUCCAAGAUACGCCACUUUUGGACGAUGACAUCCCGGCCUUCCCGAGUUUUGAUGAAGUCCAAGCCAGGGGCACUCUGGACAGCUUAAACAUGGAUGACUUUGAAGACCUUAUGAACCCCUCUCUGAUGGGUGAUAGUACAAAUAUGAUGGCGUUAGCUUCAGGCCAACAACCUGCCCCUUCUCCUGCUGCUGCCCAGAACGGUGCAGCGUCAUCCCAGAACUCUUCUGACCCAGCCAGCAACCCAGGAAGCACCUGGAUGAAUUACCCCAACAGCAUCGUCAGCUUGCUCCAGAACGAGGUCAUGUCUGACAUGUCGUCCACUAACAACAGCAACCACAGACCCGCCGUGCUGGAUGAGUUUGACGAGCUGAUGUCGGCUGAUGAGGAUCGUCUCAUUUCCAUUUUUAACAGUGGAAGCCAAGCCAGGUUCGUCUCAGGACACCCGACUUAAAGUUCGAGUGAUUUUAAGAUGGAAAAACAUACACAGUCCACGUGUACCUGCCUCUUUUAGCCAACAGACUUUAACUCCUUUACAGUUAAUUAAAAGACAAAAUAGGCAGUGCUGAAAGAGACAGAAACCACCAAAACUUUUCACCUGUGGAUACUGAAACACCAGCAGAGACUGUGUUUAGUAUUCAGUCAGUGUCAGCAGGCCUCACAUAAAAGGAACCACAGGACUGAGCAGAAAGAGACUGGACUGUCCUCGCUCAGCCCACAUUUAGCAUCAACCAUUAACUUUUGUAAUAAUCGUGACUGUGUCAAACCUGAUCAUAUCCACCUACAGAGACUUGUGUCAUAAAGACAAUCAUAUGGUGGGCCUAUGUAGCAGAAAGUGGGUUUGAACAAACUCUGACCCUUAUCACCUGCCUUCAGAUUAUCCUUAACUCCGAGUAUGUUGACUCUGGGUUAAGCAAAAAAGACCCACAAUCAUUUGAACACAUACGCAUGAUGGCCAUUUCCCUCUGACCUCCCAUUGGUUCAGUAAGCUUCAAUGCUUUUAUAAUGUUUUAUUGAAGUGCUCUAGUUAUGCUUAUUGUACAAACAGAGAAAAUAAUAAGUAAUUAUAUGUUUACUGCUUCCUGUCUGAUCAGAAACUCAGUCAAUAACCCAGAACAGCAAGCAGUAUCAGGAGUAGCUUAGUAUUUAUGAGCAGACUUCCCACGUUGAACUGGGACCAUCCAAGAAGCAUGUGAAUGCAGCAUUAGUUGUCCCAUAAAUUUGGACUCUAAUCUAACCCAGGUCCCAGACUUGGAUUUAGGAGCCAACAGACAGGUCAGUGGUGAUGUUUGCUAAACAUGUACGCCUCCUCUGCUGCAUCGUGUCACGUUAACAAUGCUGUCUGAUGCCAGGGAGCAGUUAGUGAUAGGUUCAGGAUCUGAAUGUCCGGGGUUAUCGAGUAUGAGGUUUGAACUUGAGACUCUUUGUCCCUCUGAACUUUUGAGUUGAUGAUACUUGAUCAUUAUAUUCUAAAUACACCUCAUUAAAAUAGUCUGCAGGUGAGAAGAAUAUUCAGUUUUCUCUGUUUUUCUGUAACUUGGCCUGUUUGAAUGUUGAUUUGAUUUCUAUGGAACAUUUUAUGUGUGUUUUUAUGUUCUCAUUUUAACAAUUAUAGAAGCUGCGGUCAGUGUUAAUGUGGUUAGUGCAGUCUCUUUGUGAGAUAGGCCUGCCUCUGUACCUAAAAAGACUGUGCACAUUGAUCAUUGUAUCCGAUUCAGAGGGUAAUCUAUGCAAAUUAUGCAUUCACUUGUUUUAUUACAUAUCCCAUUCAAUGUUUUUAACUAUUUGAGGGUCAGCAGUUGUAACUGAAGAGGAGACUGACCAGUCAUCAUCAGAUAUAGCUAAUAUGGAGAUUGUAAAGGUGCCUUAGUUGAGUGUCCUUAUGAUGUGGUGAUACGUAAAGAACCAAAUGAAGGUUUUCAUGUAAAUAAAUAAAUAACAAGCAACAUAAAUAAAUGAAGGGGUUCGUGGAGCUGUUAUCGUGUUGUUUUGUCUUUGUUGAUGUGUCUUUGGACAACAGUUUUUUAGUUAUUUUAUGAAUAAGGGCUGCAGUUAAACUCUGUUGUUUUAUAUUUGAGGGUCAUGUUGGUAAAGUAUGUGGUAAAAAUGCUGAAAUCACAGUGAAAUUGUUUUUAUAAAGAUACAGUCAGUGUAAACAGAUUGUAGACAAAAAACGUAUUUUCCCGUAAUGUAUAAUUUUUACAGUCUCACAACCCUCUUCUUGCAAUAAAAAACAACUAAACAUUGA